GUGUCGACAUAUCCUGAUAUUCUAAAAUCCGAGUUUACAUUGGUUUUGUUUCAGUGUUGCGUUGUAGUGCAGCUUAGCUAAUCUCUCCAUAUUAAAAUAAUGGAUAACUUCGCAAUGGAUUUUAACCAGUUUUGCACUUUUGAUAGUUUCAAGAGAGUAUGGGAACAUUAUGGUUACGAUAAUACUCAAAAGGACGUCAUAGAGGAAGAGUUCACUAGGAUUAAAGGAAUUACAUACUUGGAUCAUGCUGGAACAACAUUAUAUCCAGAGUCUCUUAUUAAAGGAUUCUUCCAAGAUAUGGCUAGUAAUGUCUAUGGCAACCCACAUAGCCAUAACCCAAGCAGCAGGAUGACCCAUGACACAAUUGAACGUGUCCGCUACAGGAUAUUGCAGCAUUUCAACACCAGCCCUGAGGAGUAUGCCGUGGUUUUCACUUCCGGCUGCACUGCUGCACUCAAACUUGUGGCUGAGAGCUUUCCCUGGAAGACAGCCUCCACUGAGGAUCUGGGAAGUCAGUUCUGUUUCCUGACUGAUAACCACACUUCAGUAGUGGGAAUCAGAGCAGUAGCAUCCUCAGUUGGAGCUGAAGUUGUUUCCAUUUUACCAGAAGAAGUAGAAAGCAGAGUAAAAGACUUGUCACAGACAGGUUAUAAAGCACACCAAGUGCCGCACCUGUUCAGUUACCCUGCUCAAAGCAAUUUCUCUGGAAAGAAAUACCCCCUAUGGUAUGUGAAGGGUAUCCAGAACAGGAAGCUCUUCCCCUCCUGUGACAGGGAAGGAAAAUGGUUUGUUUUACUGGAUGCCGCCUCUUUUGUAAGCUGCUCAUUUUUGGAUCUCCAAGAACAUCCAGCUGAUUUUGUGUCCAUCUCUUUCUACAAGAUGUUUGGCUUCCCCACUGGACUGGGAGCUCUGCUUGUCAGAAAUGAUACAGCAUCCAUUCUUAAAAAAACAUAUUUUGGAGGAGGGACAGCAGCAGCUUAUUUGGCAGAAGAAGACUAUUUUGUAGCAAGGCCAACCACUUCCAGCAGAUUUGAAGAUGGCACUGUAUCUUUUCUGGAUAUAAUUUCCCUACACCAUGGUUUUGAGACACUGCAGAGGCUCACUGGUGGCAUGGACAGAAUCCAGCUGCAUACCUUUGGUCUUGCACGCUACACAUACAUUUUGUUAGCCAGCCUUCGCCAUAGCAAUGGAAAACCAGUGGCUCUGAUCUACAGUAACACAGACUACGAAGACCCCAGCAUGCAGGGUGCCAUCCUUAACUUCAACCUACUGGACAACCAAGGAAGCUUUGUGGGGUACUCUCAGGUGGAGAAACUGGCAAGUCUUUUCAAUAUCCAUGUUCGCACUGGUUGUUUCUGCAACAUAGGUGCCUGCCAGUUUCACCUGGGCAUCACCAAUGACGCAGUGAAGAGUAACCUACAGGCAGGUCACUCGUGUGGAGACAACAUGGACCUUAUUGAUGGGCGUCCAACAGGGUCGGUUCGCAUAUCCUUCGGUUAUAUGUCCAGCUUCAAUGACUGUCAGACCUUUCUUAAGUUUAUAGUGAAGUGCUUUGUCCAAGGGCCAGUAAAGGUUGCGGAAGAAAGCCUGGAAAGACUGAGACCAGCAGCUCCUCCUCUCAUCCAGCACCCCCCGCACCAAUUACCAGGUGUCCAGUCUGACAAUCACAGGAAGAAGGAGGAGUGUGAUUUGACUGCUGCAAAGAUAAUCUCCACUGGGGAACCUGUUACCCCAGCAGCUAGCGCCAUGGAAACCCCUGGAACACUGACCAACAUCUUCCUGUAUCCAAUAAAAUCCUGUGCAGCCCUGGAGGUGAGCGAAUGGCCCUUGGGACCACAGGGUCUAUUGUAUGACAGGGUAUGGAUGGUAGUGAACAGAAAUGGAGUUUGUCUGAGCCAGAAACAAGAGCCACGCUUGUGCCAGAUUCAUCCACAGAUCCAUUUGGACACAGAAAACCUGAGUGUAAAUGCAUCAGGAAUGAAUCCUGUGUUUGUUCCUCUGGAGGGCAGCAGUGAGCAAUAUCAGGAAGAGCCUGUGUGUCAAAGCAAGGUGUGUGGGGACAGGGUGCAAACAGUGGACUGUGGUGACAGAGUAGCUGCUUGGCUGUCUGAGUUCCUGGGGAAACCCUGCCGCCUCAUCCGACAGAGUUCAGAUUUCACCAGAGGCAUGAGGGGCCAUAAGACAGGAGGUCCAGCAGUUCCCCUGUCUCUGGUGAAUGAAGCCCAAUACUUGAUCAUCAACAGGGCUAGUAUAGCUGUCCUUCAGGAGCAUAUCAACCACAGAAACGGUACUGGCAGCCAACAGCACGGUGAUGUCCGGCAGCUGAUUCACCGUUUCCGUGCAAACCUGGUAAUCUGGGGAAAGGAGCCCUUUGAAGAGGAUGAAUGGACCAGCUUGAAGAUUGGCAACACCCUUUUCAAGGUGGCGGGACAAUGUGGCCGGUGUCAGAUGAUUGGAAUCGAUCAGUCUACAGCAGCCAGGAGUCAAGAGCCUCUGCAAUCACUUGCUGCCUGCCGCAGUGGAAAGGCCACCUUUGGGAUUUACCUGAGCCACAAUUCACAGGAGACCUCAACUUCUGUUUUAACAGUGGGGUCCCCUGUCAUUCCUGAAACACCAGCUACCCACCAUAAAACAAACUGUACACCUUAACGGCACUAAAAGGUGAUACACUUAUUAUUUUUUACAGUUCAAGGCAAGCAUUUGAAUAUGAAAUGCAAAUUAAUCAAAAGGAUGGAAGAGAGACCAAUUCAAAUUACUGCCUUUUAUGGUUAUAUGUUAACUCCACUCAAUUUGACAUUGUAUGAUUCUAUUUCAUUCAAUUCUGUCUUCAUGAAACAGAUUAGCCAUAUUCAGAUUGACUGUAUGAUUUAUGUCAGGUAAUAUCAGGUAAACCUACAUUGUAGACAGUCGGCUGUGUGAGAGGAGAAUGGCCUAGCUUUGUUAAUUGUAUAUUACUUUUAGUAAAUGGAUACUGAAAGUAAUAUACUACAUACUAACUAGAAAUUUAUCUUUUACUUCUUACUUGACAUUUUUCUUGUUUUCAUGAAAACUUAAAUAUGUUUCAGAUUAUUUAAUUACUUUGAGUGUAUUCAAACACUUAUUAAUUCUAAAUGACUUCCUCAGAAAGACACCUUAGGAUGCCAUCUUAAAAUUCUGUCUCCUACUUCUUCACAUAGAGCCAGCAUGGGAGUAUUUUGGAUAUUCAGUGGGAUUGUUUCACUGCCUACAUGUGCAUUUAUGCUUGUCACCGGUAGAUGGCAGUGUGUCAUAGUAUUUAAUGAGAGCAUCAUUCAGGCUAAUGAGUGGAAAAUCUUUUAACUGUUUGUUUGUAUUGAUUCAUUCAUUUGCAAAACAUUAGCCAAAUGUAUAUUGAUAUGAGGUAGUAAAGUAUUUGUUGAGUGAAUGGAGGUGCCAUCAAACAAUACAUUUGUUUUGCGUCAAUUUCAGCCAUUACCAUUAGCAUAGUAUAGUAAUACUUGUAAUAUGUACUCUCAACCCCAGAUAAUGACAGCUGAAGAUUACGCUCUAAUAUGCAAUCAGUGUUUGUUUAUAUUGCUAAUUGGAUAACUGAGCCAGGAUACAUGUUUGAAACAAAAUACUUCACACAGGCCCUCUGGCAGUGCUCCUUUUCAGUAGUUCUCAAACCUCUCCUCGAGUACCCCCAACCGGAUCCAGGUAUUUGAUGUGAUACAACUAAUGAAGCCCUUGAAAGAACGUCUAGCCAGCCUAGUUUUAGCUGACCUUAUGGUACAGGUUUAAGGCCAGUGUAAUAGGUCAACAGUUGAACUGCUUUUAAUCCCGUGCAGUCCUACUUGCACAAGACCUUAUUUAUUGUUGGGUUUAUGAUAUGUCAGAGUGUCAACUUCGUCAGGUUCAUAGGACUACAAUGUUAUAUGCCUGACAUGUAAUGCUAUAAACUGUAGAACCCAAAGGAUGUACUAUGUGUUAAUAAGUUGUAUCCAUGGGCACAGGAAUUCCUUACAUAUAAGAUAUCGACCUAUGUAAGCAGAUACAAUACAAAAGUCCCAAAGCUACUAAGAAGAUAAAUAAUGUAAUGGUGUAUGUCAGGGAUGUACGUCUAGAUCUACAUAUCUCAAACACAGAAGGCUUGAAAUGCACACACCUUCACAACUGAAGAUCCAGUGACAUUCCUGUGCACUGCGAGACAGGUUUAAGAUAUGCACUCUGUUACACCCCUGACAGAUUUACUGAUAUGCAGAGCAGCAGGAUUUUCUCCUCAGCUGACUGAGUCAAUGCUCAGGAUGGUGCUUUAUAAUCAUAGCCAAUCAUCUCUUCACAUUAGCCAGCAUCCCAAAAGCCAAACCCAAAAGGGUUUUCCAGCAAGAUAUUGUUUAUUUUAUUUGUUUCUGCAAAUGAAUGU